AUGAAUUUGUCCACAUUUGGAGUGGGCGAGUGGCGGCGAGUGUGGAUGGCAGUCUGGUACAUGGGGUGCAUCGUUUUUAUCACGGGCUACAACGGAAACCUCAUCGCGUUCCUCACAGUCCCGCUCUACCCCGUCAGGAUAGAGACCAUUAAACAGCUUGCUGAGUCACCUCUGAGGAUUACCAUGCAGGACUACGGAGAAUUUGUCCCUGAGGCUCUGAAGAUUUCCACUGACCAAGCCAUGCGCAGCCUUGGCAACAAACUCGACCUCUUUCCUCUAGACCAUGACUAUGAACCUGGCGUAGAAAUGGUCGUAAAAAAUGGGACUCACGCCCUCAUCGAGACCUACUCGUACUUGAUGAAAGUGCGGAUUAAGUAUAACGUCACCCAAGACACGUACAUUCUCAAGGAACAGGUCUACUCUGGUCAUCUGGCUUGGUUCCUGCCCAAGUACACUCCGUACACCGAAACUAUUUCCAGCACAUUGCAUAGACUCGUUGAAGCCGGCAUUGUCGGUAAACUUUUCAGAGAUCACUUCGUCAAAACCGACGACAACACGAAUGACAUUACGUCGGUGUCGAGCUUGUCUCUGGACCAACUGCAGGGCGCGUUCCUCCUACUGGUGCUCGGCCUGGCAUCAUCAUCGGUGCUCUUCUUGGCAGAGUUAGGCUUCGUGAAGCUUAAGUCUAUGAAGAUAAAAUAGGCACGCCGACAGAGAAUCGUCAUCAUAUCCUGCAGUUCUAAAAAUGCGAUUCAGAUUAUCACUGCCAGCGUUUCAAAAUGCUUGGAGUCAGUUUAAUGCCAGCAGUGAAUUCUAACUGUUUAAGCCCCGGAGUGUCGAGUAAUUUUCUGUUUAUUUGGCGAAAUCGGAUUUGAUAGAACGAUUAUACCACGGAUGGGUCAUUUGUGAUACUAGUCGGAGUUAUCGCACGUAAUUAUAGUUGCCUAAUGACUGGCUA